AUAUUCUGUAACACGUCCAUGCUUUCUGUUUGCUUAAAUGAGUCAUACCUAAUUUAUCGUCAAUUCAGAUUGAAAUGAAAUCAAGGAAGUUGAAUAAUAUUCAUAUCACAAAAUUUAAGAGAACAAGGUACACUGCGGAUGGAUAUAGGACACGACUGCAGACAUGUCUUGGUUAACAUCAACAGAGAUUGGUAGCAUUAAAGCCCAGCUGAAGAUAGAUGAAGGUUUUGAUAAUAAGAUCUAUUUGGACAGUCUAGGUCUCAGGACUUUCGGUAUUGGUCACCUUCUGAAGGAAAGCGAUCCGGAGUACAAACUACCAGUCGGCACAGUCAUUUCACAGGAAAGAAUUGACAGUGCAUUUGCAGACGACUUCAAUGAAGCAGCGGCGACAGCUAAAGCUAUUUAUCCAGAAUGCGAGACAUGGCCGAGCGAAGUGAAGGAAAUCAUGGUGAAUAUGGCGUUUAAUAUGGGAGGGAAACUGAGACAAUUCAAGAACUUGGCCAAAGCUCUCAAGGACAGGGACUGGAAUACGGCCGCUGAUGAAAUGAAAGACAGUAAAUGGUACGGUCAAGUUAAGAGCAGAGGAGAAAGGUUGGUGGCUAGAAUGAGAGCAGUAAAGGAAAAUUAGACCAUGUGAAAUAUAUGGUUGACAUGUAAACUUGUCUGGUUUAAUGAUAUUAUAUAAUCUAUAACAUUACGGGAUUGAAGAAUAACCAUUGCAGAAACUCUACAAUAGUAGUCAGUUCCGCUACUGAAUGUUAUAAACGUAAACUGAGAAAUGACAAUUUAACAUGUAAAGCAACACUGAAACAGAAACGUCACUAAACCAUUCAAUAAAGUUUGUAAGGUUAUAAUCAGCAGUGAUAAAUAUAUGUAAGACAUAAAAACCGUGCACAUAUAACUUAAUCUAUUAUUAAAUCUAUAUUUAUGGCUGGUUUUAACACAGUCGCAUGCAUUGCAUGGUUAAUAGUGUAGAGCGAAAUACGUGCAGCUUGAAAAUAAGCGACAUAUACCAAACAAAAAUAUCGGUUAUAAAUAUAUAGAAUCCCAUGUAUCUCUUGGGGACCACGAACCGAAAAUUUUAUGAAAUUUUAUGACGUCACGAAAAAAAGUUGCUUUCGUGUCUAUCAUAUAAAACUAUUAAUUUCUAUCGAUGUUUUUAUUUGCAAUGCUAUGGUAUUAUUUAUGUUAUUUUCGAUAUUGUUAUGAUAAGUUUUGACUUGAAAUAUAUUUUUUCAUCAUU